AUGUCGAUACAACAGCCUACUGGUUAUGUGCCAGUUGUUAGGCCAAUGAAAUAUGUUAAGAAAAUUAAAGAGCCCUCGACGCCAGUUUUGUGCGAGAUUUGUAACCUCAAGUUAAAUUCGACUUCCCAAGCUGAGGUCCACUUAAAAGGCCAAAAUCAUUUGAAGGCCGUGAAAAAAUUAGAAAAAGCGUCGUCCGAACAAUGUUCUGAAGGUGAAAUGAACGGACUGAAUAAUACCGUAGACUUCAAUUCGACGAUACAGAACAUACCAGUCAUUCAACCAUCAUCUCAAACAGUUUCAGACAAAAGUGAUGAAAACAACACUGAAGGAGGAAAAUCUGAACAUACUGAGCCUAAUCAAAAAAGAACAAAGACAUUAACUUAUGUCUAUUGCGAAGUAUGCAUGGCUAAGUUUAACUCUCAGGCUCAAGCUGAUGAUCAUUUCAAAGGAUUGAGGCAUUUAAAAAAGUUGAAACUGAUGCAAAAGUCUGCUCAUAUUGGUAAGCGUGAGUUUUAUAUUUUAUAUUUAUUUCAGUACCAGAUACCAAUACCAGGUCAAACUCAUAGAAGCAAAAUUAUCAAUCUGACUUCCGUUAACAAAGAAAUGAUAGGCAAUGUCAAUGGAUGGUUUUAUUGCAAUUCAUGUAACAUCAGUUGUCCAACAUCUGCAGCACUUCAUAACCAUGUUAUGACUAUGGAGCACAAAAGUAAUGUUGGUUUUAAAAAUUCUCAGCUGGAAAACACUUACAUUAACUGUUCUUAUCCCAUUCCAUAUUGA